AUGGUGCUGCUUCUUGUAGCUUUCAACAUCGCAAGCAGCAAGGAGUUAUCAUCACCUGCAGAAAAAGAGGAAACAAGCCUACACAUAAUCGCACCUGUCAUUGACGCCGUGACUUUCACUGCAGAUAAAAAGAGGUUUCUCAGAACCCAGAGCAUCCAUGCUGCGGACGUUGGACACCCCGAUGAGGAAGAGAGAGCGUAUGCUUGGGCAACCAAGCUUGGAAGUCUGCUCAGGAAGAAAGACCCAGUCAAGCUAGAGGAAAUCGUGGAAAAAAAAAGAAAUAUCGUCAAUGGCUCAAGGAUGGAGAAAACCCAACUACCAUUUACGCAAAGUUGGGACUCACGGGUCAGGGUCCAGCAGCGAACUUGA